ACGGUAAUGUGACAGUUAAUUUUAUGUGGAACGCUCGUUCAUCAAAUAUCCGCUGAGUUCCCCUUCAAGUUUUUUUCUAAAUCAAGCGCUGAAAUACUGAAUUGAAAUAUUAGUUUUAAUUAAAAUUGAGUUAAUAAAUAGUUCGUGACAUAUGACUGUUAAAUAUCCGAAGUAAAUGCUGAAUUUAAACACUGUGAUAUGAUUUGUGACCGCCACAAUUGUGUUGAUAAGAUUUUUGUAACAAGUGGUGACUGGCAAGUGCAAAUGUGCAAUUGAGAUUGUCAACGUAUUAAUACCUAAUGUCCUAUAGUCUAUAAACAAAGAACUUGAGUGUCUUGUCAGACCUAGCUUCUCAGUCAGAGUACUCUGCAAAUAUCAAAAUAUGAGUUCAGAUUCAGAUUCCAAAUCAAGUUCUUUAAAUUCAAAAGUCGAACAAGAAGAAUCGGAAUCAAAUUCGCCUACUAAAAGCCGUCGAUCAACAAGUUCUACAUCUAAUGAAAUUCCAACUUUAGGAGACAUAAAAUUAAGAAAUAAAGUAUCAGAAAAUGUUGCUUCUGGCCGUUCAGAUGAUCCACCAUUAUUAUUAGGAGAGAAAGUACAAGGUGUGGCUCGAGAUGUCACUUAUUUAUGUCCAUUUAGUGGUCCAGCAAGAGGUUGGUUAUCUGUCACCAACUAUAAAUUAUACUUUAAAAGUCUAGAACGGGAUACUCAGCUAGUUAUUGAAGUACCAUUGGGUGUGGUGAGUAGAGUAGAAAAAGUUGGUGGUCAAUCAAGUCGAGGAGAAAAUUCAUAUGGUAUUGAAUUAUUUUGUAAAGAUAUGAGAAAUUUACGCUUUGGUCAUAAACAAGAGAAUCAUUCAAGACGUAAUGUGUUUGAAAAACUUCAACAAUAUGCAUUUCCUUUAUCUCACAGUAUUCCAAUGUUUGCUUUUGAAUAUACUGAAACGUUUCCAGAAAAUGGUUGGAAUGUUUAUGAACCUAUGGCUGAACUCAAGAGAAUGGGUGUGCCAAAUGAUACAUGGCACAUUACUAAACUGAAUGAUGGCCAUGAUCUUUGCGAGACUUACCCUGCAAUUUUAGCUGUCCCAGCUGGAGCAACAGAUGAAAUUAUAAGAAAUGCAGCAGCUUUUAGAAGUAGAGGUCGAAUACCAGUAUUAAGCUGGUUACAUUCUGAAUCUCAAGCCACCAUAACUAGGGCAUCUCAACCUUUAGUUGGUGUUGGGGGGAAGAGGUGUCGUGAUGAUGAGAGAUAUACUCAACUUAUAAUUGAUGCAAAUGCACAGUCACAUAAACUUUAUAUUAUGGAUGCGAGGCCCAGUGCCAACGCAAUUGCCAACAAGGCUAAAGGAGGCGGUUAUGAACCAGAAGAUGCUUAUCAAAAUGCAGAGUUAAUAUUUCUCGAUAUACAUAAUAUUCACGUAAUGAGGGAAUCUCUGAGAAAACUUAAAGAAAUAUGUUUCCCAAAUAUUGAUGAAACAAAAUGGUUGUCGGGAAUUGAAUCUACAUAUUGGUUAAAACAUAUUAAAUGUAUACUGGCUGGAGCUUGCCGUAUUGUCGAUAAAGUAGAAAAUCAUAAAACUUCAGUGCUAGUUCAUUGUUCUGAUGGAUGGGAUCGCACAGCGCAGUUGACUGCAUUGGCCAUGGUACUUUUGGAUCCAUAUUAUAGAACAAUAAAAGGAUUUGAAGUAUUAAUUGAAAAGGAAUGGCUUAGUUUUGGUCACAAAUUUCAACACAGAAUUGGCCAUGGAGAUGAUCACCAUUCAGAUGCAGAUCGAUCACCUGUUUUUCUACAGUUUAUAGACUGUGUUUGGCAGGUGACAUGCAUGUUUCCAAAUGCAUUUGAAUUCAAUGAGUUAUUUUUAAUAACUAUUAUUGAUCAUUUAUAUUCUUGUAGAUUUGGAACAUUUCUUUUCAACAGUGAAAAAGAGCGCUUACAAAAAGAAGUGAAACAAAAAACUGUUUCACUUUGGUCUUACAUUAACAGUGAUCAAGAUUUAUAUAAAAACCCUUUAUACUGGCCCCAGCAACAUGCUCUUGAACCAGUUGCUUCAUUGCGCUACAUUAAAAUGUGGAAAGGACUGUAUUGCCGAUGGAAUCCAAGCAUGAGACCACAAGAACCAAUUCAUCAAAGAACAAGAGAACUUCUACAUAUGAAAAUGCAAUUAAUGAAAAUUUCAGAUGAUUAUCGACGAGAGCUCAAACAUAAAGCAUCUAGAAACACUUCUAGCAACCGUUUAACAUCUCCCAUACACAUUUAAACUAUACAAUUAUGAAUACUGCAUUACAUCUCAUUAAUUUGUUAGACCUAUUUAUUUUAUAUUUUUUAUUGUUAUUAAAGAAAAUUAUAAAUCAUA